UUUAGUUACUGUAGUUUAUACUCACCAGUAAACUAGUUAAUAUUUAAAUUUUAACUUUGAAAUAUGAAUGUUUCCGCUGUUUUAGGGGUUCUCGGCUUCCCUGUACGCAUUUUAUCGUGAUAGCUUUGGUCGUCCGCUAACAGCAAGGAGCCACACUGGCUUGCCGUUGUAUUUUAAUCCGUCGUAUGGAUUCUUUGAACCGAGCGAAAAGGUAGUCAGGACGAUCACACGUCCAAACUGGUGGGUAAAGUCUGGUCGAACCGCACGCACCCUGCACUUCCUGGUCACACCUCGUGUUCAGGCGGAGGUUAGGAAACAUUUUAACUGCUCACUUUUGGAAGGCGCUGAGUUGGAAAAUCAAGGUACCAACGGCACAAUAUUUGGUCAUCUAGAAAAGCGUGUAUUUGAAAACGAGGCGAUGACCGGAACACACACGCAGAACCCCAUUUAUUCAAGAAUCACCCUAGCAAUAAUGGAGGACACCGGCUGGUACAAGGCGAAUUAUGACGUAGCCGAGCCGCUGAUGUGGGGCCACAACUUGGGCUGUGAUUUCGCCAUGAAAAGCUGUGGCGAGUGGAUCAAAAACGCUAGACAAAGGUUUGUAAAUAAUUGGUGAGA